AUGGCAAUACCCAUGCUUAAAUGUCCAUUUUUAUCUCAAUUAACUUUACAGCAAGUUCGAGCUUCAGCUCCACAUAUUCUUAAUGCAGGUGUUGAAUCAUGCCCAGUAUUCAGUCAGUUUGCUCGAAAAAUAUCAACAUCAAACAUUCAUGAUACUGGCAAUUUGUCAUCGUCAACAACAAAGUCAUCAUCAUCAUCGAUGACUCGUCCUCUUAGUUUGAAUGAGAUUAAGGCAGUUCAUGAAAAAAUGCUUGAACACAAGCAUCAUCAAUAUUCAUUAUCAAAUAUUAGACCAGUAAUAUCAAAUCUUGAAACAUCAUUAAAAACAAACAAGCCAAAUUUAUAUGGUGAAAUUACUAUUUCGACUGAAUGUGAAGAUCUUUCAUGUCCAUUUUUAAAAUCAACACCAAUUGCACUUCGACGUGUUGAUAUGAAUCUAGAUACCAUUGAAGUUAAUCGAAAACAUGCACAUCCGAUAGCACCGGCACAGGUUGGUACCAAAAAUCCAUUUGAAUAUGAUACUUUUUUUGAUGCAAAAAUUGAAGCAAAAAAACUUGAUAAUUCCUAUCGAGUUUUUAAACGUGUACAACGUAAAAGUGGUUGUUUUCCUAAAGCUGAAGAACUGAACAUGUUAAACGAUGAUUUUGAUUCGCGUACCAUUACUAUUUGGUGUAGUAAUGAUUAUCUUGGUUUAGGUGAACAUCCAAAAUUGAAAAAAGCAGUCGUUGAUGCAGUAACAAUACAUGGAUCGGGCUCAGGUGGCACACGUAAUAUAUCAGGUACAAGUCCGUUACAUGAAAAACUUGAACAUCAACUGGCACGUCUUCAUCAGAAAGAAUCUGCACUUGUAUUUACAUCAUGUUAUGUUGCCAAUGAUACAACAUUAUUUACAUUAGCUAAAGCACUGCCAAAAUGUCAUAUCUUAUCAGAUAGCGGAAAUCAUGCAUCCAUGAUACAAGGUAUUCGAAAUAGUCAAGUACCUAAGCACAUAUUUCGGCAUAAUGAUAUUAGUCAUUUGGAAGAAUUACUAAAGAAAAUUCCACGUCAUACACCGAAAAUAGUUGCUUUUGAAACAGUACAUUCCAUGGAUGGCUCAAUAUGUGACUUGGAAGCUAUGCUUGAUGUUGCACAUGCAUAUGGUUCAAUAACAUUUAUCGAUGAAGUUCAUGCUGUCGGAUUAUAUGGCGAUAAUGGAGCCGGUAUUGGUGAACGUGAUCAUGUUCUUCAUAAAAUGGAUAUUAUAUCAGGAACACUUGGUAAAGCUUUCGGAAGCAUUGGUGGUUAUAUUGCUGGUAGUGCGAAAAUGGCAGAUUUCAUUCGUAGUUAUGGCUCUGGUUUUAUUUUUACAACAUCAAUGCCACCAACAGUUUUAGCUAGCUCGUUAGCAGCUAUUGAGAUUUCAAUGAGUGAUGAAGGUCGUGAAUUACGUCGCAAACAACAAGAAAAUGUUCGCGAAUUACGAUCAAAAUUAAUUGAUGCUGGCCUUCCAGUUAUAAUAUCACCAAGCCAUAUUAUUCCAAUUCAUGUGGGUAAUGCAGCAUUAGCUACACUUUUAUGCAAUCAUUUAAUUGAUCGCUACGCGAUUUAUAUUCAAUCGAUUAAUUAUCCCACUGUUGAGCGAGGAACUGAACGUUUAAGAAUUGCGGCUACGCCGUAUCAUACAAGUGAAAUGAUCGAUCAAUUAGUUGACGCUUUAACACAUGUUUGGAAGGAUGUUGGUCUUAGGUUGAAAGGUGUCGAACAACAACAUCAACAUCAGCAACCUUUAGUCUUAAGACAUCAUGCUUAA